UAGUGCCGUAGUAGUCGGUGGCAUAAGCUCUGUGAAGAUGGAUCAAACGUGUUUCGUCGCAGUGAUCUUGACCUUUUUGUUAUGCUUGGUACAUCCAGCUGCUCCAGAAGUCAAAGAAGCUGACUCCAACAACCUGAAGGUGGUAUCAGAAAGCAACAAUUACGCCACUAAUGAGUUCGAUUGGAGUUAUGGAUUGGAUGAUGGUCGUGAAGUUCGUUCAAACGCUUAUAAAAAGCAGCUGACAGACGGUCGAGAAAUUUUGGUUAUAACCGGGUUGUACAGUUAUACAGCACCCAAUGGAGUAAAGUAUACCAUCUCGUACUAUUCAGACGAAAAUGGUUAUCAUCCAACUGUUGUCGUUGGUGAUAAACCUUCAUAUACUGUUGAG